AUGUCUAACGGUAAUUCACAAAGAGAAGUGCCCAUGUCUCAUAAUGAGCACUCUCGUUAUGUUCGGGCACAAGAGUACACAUCUACACCACGUUAUCCACCCUCGACCGGGUCUCUUGGGGCAGGCUAUUUUGGGUUCUCAGGCAACAAUGACACUGUAAUUGUCGACCUGGAAACCUUCAAGCGUGAUUCCCACCACUUUGCAGAAGGGGACUUUGUUUGUCCCGGAUUCUUCAACCGCGUUGAUCUAGGUGGGUUCACCCGCCGCUUCAAUCAUUCGCAGUGGAAUUACGAUAUGCGCCGCCAAGCCCAGUCCAUCCUUCCAUUCUUAUCUCUGGGCCCUUCAUCAUGUCUACGUGAUGCCGAUUACAUCCGCAGCCAAGGGUUCACACUACUCCUUGCUAUUCGAAGUCGACACUCGGCCCUGGCACGCCUUGUCUCAGGCGAAAAGGCGGCGGCCGAAGCCGGUAUCAUGGCCGACACGGUUGAUGUCCUUGAUAACCAAGAACUCAUUUCUACAUUCCCACGCGCUAUCCGCCGCAUCAACGAUCAUCUGGCUGGAGUGGAUGUGGGACCCAAUGGGAUGGUGUUAGAUGGCCAACAACAGAAAAAGAAAGUUCUCGUCUUCUGUGAAUCCGGGAAUGAACGUUCCGCCGCUGUCAUCAUUGCCUACACCAUGGUAAUGCUCAAUAUUCCGUCGGUUGAAGCUGCGCACAUGAUCCAGGAGCGUCGUUUCUGUGUUUCAAUCGAGGACUCCAUGAAGUGCAUUCUCACGGCUUUCGAUACCAUUCUUUCUGCUAAGCGUGAUGUUGAGCGUGCUAAAAAGCUUACUGUUCGUGGGGCUGCGAGUCUUGCGCCCCCAUCCGCACCACUAGUGCUCGCGAAGAAGCGAAGUUUUCAAGAUCAUAGAAAUGAUGAUCCUGUCAUGGAUGAGGGUGAAAUGGACGUGGAUGAUGAUGAAGAUGACCCCUUUUAUGCGCGAAAUCCGAAUGCUCCAUUCCAAGACCGCGUGGUCUAG